AUUAUCGUAUUCAGAUUCGUGUGAAUGCAGAAAAGCAAUAAAGGAGUUGUACUGGUAACCGGUGGUUCUGGUUUCAUUGGAAGUCAUACAAUUGUAGAACUGGUCAAUAAUGGUUAUUCAGUUAUCACUUUGGAUAACCUAAGUAAUUCCAGUAUUAAAUGUAUAGAACGUAUUGAAAAAAUAACUAAUGAAAAAUUACUUUUCUAUGAAGUGAACUUAUUAGAUAAAAAAGCUGUGGAUGACAUCUUUGAAAAACAUAAAAUUGAUUAUGUCAUACACUUUGCCGCUUUGAAAUCCGUAUCCGAAUCAAUUGAAAAGCCUAUACAAUAUUACAACAAUAAUUUAGUGGGUAUAUUAAAUUUAUUGCAGGUGAUGAUUGCGCAUAAUGUUAAAAAUUUUGUUCUGUCCAGUUCUGCUACUGUCUAUGGUGAACCUCAGUUUUUACCACUUACUGAAAAACAUCCAAUUGGAAAUUGUCAAAAUUCAUAUGGUAAUACAAAACUUUGUUGCGAAUUAAUCUUGAAGGAUUUAUAUACGUCUGAUCCUACAUGGAAUAUUAUAAGUCUACGGUAUUUUAAUCCGGUUGGUGCACAUGCCAGUGGAUUAAUUGGUGAAGAUCCACGAGGAAUUCCAAAUAAUCUCAUGCCUUAUGUGACUCAAGUAGCCAGUGGUUUAUUACCUUACGUAAAUGUUUAUGGAAACGAUUAUCCAACAGUCGAUGGGACAGGUGUUCGAGAUUAUAUUCACGUUGUUGAUCUAGCUGAAGCCCAUACUAAAUCAUUGGAUAAAAUCAAACAGAAUUGUGGUUUCAAGGUUUAUAAUUUAGGUACAGGGCAAGGAUGUUCUGUAUUACAAAUGAUUCAAGCGAUGGAAACAGCAAGUGGUAAAACAAUUCCUUAUACAAUAUGUUCAAGACGACCUGGUGAUUGUGCAACUGUUUAUUCAGAUGCAUCAUUAGCUAAACAAGAGUUAGGAUGGGAAGCAAAAUAUAACAUUGAUGUAAGUGUGAUUAUGUGUAAAGAAUGAAGAAAAUAAAUUGAUUCGACCAGACUAUAAUGUAUGGACAGACCAAUCAAAUUUAAGAUAAAAAGUCCUGGAUUUUUGCUCGAAUUUCAUUCGUUUAUUUGGUCAAAUGUCAUUUUGGCAUUAUAGCUGAUGUCAGUUCGUGAUGAAAACUCUAACUAUAAUUUCUAAUCCUAACUUCUAACUCUAAAUCCUGAUUCGAAUUUCUUACAUCAAUUUACAACCCUCUUUAAACCCUAAUAGAAAAUGUGUGAAGAUUUAUGGAAUUGGCAGGAGAAAAAUCCACAAGGUUAUCUUACUUCAACACAUUCUAAUGAUUGAUUGAUUUUCUCAGGUUUUACUUAAUUUGUGCCUUUUUCUUCAUUUUCUAUUUUAUGUAAUAUCUUUGGUUGCGAAAUUUUGUUUCGUAUGGGCUUUCUCUUAAAUUAAUUUGUUUUUAUCAGGGUUUUUUUAUGAUGAUUUCGCUUAAUAUAAUAUGUGAAUAAAGUUUUUCUAAUAAUA